AUGGAUCACGUCUCAACUCCCUCGGUCGUGUCGAACGAUCCAAGCCCAACCUCCUUCGCCGGAAAACCCUCCCUUACGAACCCCCCCGUGCUUCCUACAUCUCCAGAGGCAACCCCGGUCGAUGUCAGGCCCAAAACAUCUCGAUCAAACCGUCCUAGUCUAGCGGCCGUGGACUGGACGAUUAAUGAAAAGCAACCGGCGACCGAUGGAGCGAAUCUUCCUCGUGGUAAUCAAUUCCAAGAGCCAGACCUUCGUCGUGCAUCGCUAUCCUUUGGCGCGGCCAGGUACCGUCGUCGCGGUCAAACAUUAACCAACCCGCCCUUGCGAAUCCCCGAAAAUGCCCCUACGGAAACAACUGAGGCGGAAUCGCAUUCGCGUCGACCGUCAACAAGCUGGUUGCGCCGGUUAUCCAUCGUUUCCUUUCAGUCUGACAGCCCGUCGACGAAUAGCCCGGUCACACCUUCUUUCAAUGGAUCAGCCAGCCCAAUUUUCCCCCGUCCAGUUAGCCAACAUCGAGCUCCCAACAAGCUCGUCAAACGCCCUUCGACAAGGCGUUCUAAUGCCACUACCCCUCUUUUUGUCAAUACUGCUGUAUCCCCUCGGUCAGCACUACGCCGACCUGCGACAAGCUACCAGCGGUCAUUACGAACUCCCAUCACUCCAGAUUUCGAGUCGCGCUUCUCAGAACAAUUCCCUCGUUCUGACUCCCCAGCGAUUGAAGAGUUUGAAUUCCAAUCACAGGAUGAUUGGAAGCCAUUCUUGAUCCCAAAGGCAGAAGGCUUCUCUGAGAAGCUCUCUCGGAGACUUUCCACUGCUGCAGCUCCAAUAACCCAAGGUGUGAGGCGUCUUAUCUCGGACUCGGAUACGCUUCCUGCAUUGAUUUCAGCAACCACUAUAAUGAACAAGACCGUUGUGCCCCGGGAUGAGCAUGCAGAACCGGUUCAGUUCCGAAACCCGUUCCAGGCACCAGUAGAAAAUGCUGGUCCUCGUCCUCUGCCAGCAUCCAAACCUGGACCAAUUUCUGGAACAGCUUUACCUCUACAAACUUUACCAACAGAAGCGCCGGCGCCGCCAGCACUGCCUCCUUCUCCAAAGAAACCUGCUCACAAACAUUCGUAUUCAUUUAAUGACCUUGAACCGAAAAGGAUCAUUGUUAACACGGUGACAGCGACGGGCGCUCCGAUUAUUGGACCUCGUGGUGGAUCUUUGAAGCGGGUCAAGGGACGCACAUUCUCUAUACCUCGUUCGGAUCUUUCCAGUUUAGAAAAGGCACAUAUAAACUUACCUUCGGCUCCGAAGCGGCGCAAUAUCACUGAUCCCGCUGUGUUCCGUCGGCCACCGCCUCUCACAUCCCCGAAGCAAUCGGCGGGUUUGCCACGAUCAGUGUCCCACGACUACAACAUCGGCCUACGGCAUCACCGUCCUUUAACCACCGAUGCUGUUGAUCUCUCACCCUGGCCGCAUUGCAAUCGACCACCUAGUUAUGCACCAUCUUCCCUUCGGCGCCGCCCUAAGAGACACUCCAUUGCAGCGUCUGACCCGGCUUCGACUAUCAUUGGCUCUGAUGAUACCCGCGUCUUCACCUCCGGCGACGAGUACGAAACUGAUUUCAUGACGGAUUACUGGGAUUCUAUCCGCACGCGUGGGACAGAAGGCAGUGGAGUGAAUGGGUUGACCGAAUUGAAUGGGCUGAAUGGCCUUCGAAUCGAGACGAUGUUCGACAAGGCAGGCACGCAGUUGUCAAAUGAGGAAGUCGCGACCCUGGAGGAUCUUCUUCCGCGAGGCUCGUUUGCUUCCCGCGUUGAAAAGGAUCCUUCACUCUUCUCCGACUCUCUUCUUCCUUCUGUCACCCGCGUUCGCUCAAACGAUAACUUGUCAUUCUCUGAUGACGAUGGUGACAGUCAUAGUAUGAUCGGAGCCCUGCCUGGUGAACGAGAUGGUCCUUCACUUCAGAUGCCCACGGCCUUUCCUCUUUCUAGUCCCCUAGAGUUGUCGGGCCCUAGCUCGCCCUCCAUGCUUUUCGCCGAUUCUCACGCCGAAAAAUUGCAGCCAAGCCAGAAAAUGAACAUCUUUGACUGGUCGGAGCAGACCCGACUGGACAGGGAUCAGUCCGACUCCGAAGCUCGUCCGAGUACAGUGCAUGGGAAACAAAACGCCAUCGAUCGGGGAAGCCGUGCAGCUUGUCGAAAGGUGCCGUCCAGUAUUCACCUUCGCAGCCAGAGUGUACCUGUGGCAAGGGACUUGCCCGCAAAUGACUCUCGCCAGACCUCUGGGAAAUUUGGUACCUGGGGCCUGGGGAGCAAAGGUGUAAGUGAGGACUGGGACAGCGACUUUGACUUUGAUGACGGUGAGGAGGAAGAUAUCCCCAGCCAGAAGACCAAGAGCACCGAGUCCGAAGCUCCGGCACAAUGCAUGACGGUUCCCCAGGCCAUUCUCGAACGCCAGGCCAGCCUGCGCGGUCAGUACGGUCAAGUACAAGAGUUGACACUUCUGGUGGAGGAGCUCAAGCGGCUUCGACACCAGGCCAGUGUCUUGGAUCUCGUCGGUGGCCCAUCAAGCGAGCUCUGGAAAGAAGCCGAGAGCAUUGUCAACCUUGCCACCAUCGACGACGAGGAAAAUCAACGCUCGCCCCCUGGGUCGCCUUCAUCGCUUACCUUCAGCUUCGACGACUCGGAUGACGAGGGAUUGACCGUUCCAUCGACAAAGCGCGAUAGCGAUGGUUCAUGGCGAAGUGCAGCGAAACAAGAAACCACGUUAACAUUACCUCUGCGUCAACCAAAGCGCGACAGCGAAAGCACCUGGCAAGAAACUCCCACCAGCAAUAACCAACCAUAUGAUCAACCACUCCGACAACUGUCUAAAAACUCACCCAAGUCGAAAUCGGUCCUUGAUAUUUUGCAGCCACCUCGAGGUCAUGACCGAUCGGCCACCUUGCCUGACUUGAGACCGUCCUCCCGUGCUCAAAAGCUCCCGUUCGAUACAUCCUCACUCCGCAACCUCGUUGUCCGUGCCGGAGUAGUCACUCGGGCCCUGAAAGAAGUCAUCCGCAAAGCCGAAGGCGUGGACCCGAACCCGCAGGGCUCAUUUCCUUCCGAUCCACCUUUCCGACGAAUUUUUGAUCAACCCUCCAUUGCAAGCUUCGAAGCCGCUUUGGCCGAGAUGCACUAA